CUACAGUAAACUAAAAGAGAGUCAAUUGAAAGGGUCGACUGCAGAAGCUAGAAUCGAUUGGAAUAAGCGGGAAUGAAGAUCGACUUAACCUGUAACGCGAGCAAGCAUUACUAAAGGAGAUGUAUGUAAAAGGCCGCAAGAAGCGAAGAGAAAAAGGGCUUGCUUGAUUUGAAAUUAUUUUUACUUUUGGCCUUGUCAAUGGAUUAUAGUUGACACUGUUCGUAUCCGAGAAGCAAGAAGUUGAUAUACAAUUGGUUAGAAUUAAUUCUUAGAGACUCGUAUAUUGGUACCUAUUAGCGUUACAUCUUUCAAGAUGGGUAAGCUAUUGAGCUACUUAAUGUUCCUAGGAUGGAUGUCUUAUUUAAUGAUAGCUGGAUUAUUGCUAUUCACCAAUGGUUUUCUUCUUAAUCGUGUGUCACGCGAAGAGCGAGGGAAAUGUACAUUAUGCCAAGAAUUAGGAAACUGCAAAACGGAGGAUGUCUUGAAAAAUAUAGGAAGCACCUUGGAAAUUUGUCUUGAACCACGUGGAAGAGUCGUGUUGCUUGUCAUCGAUGCUUUAAAAUAUGAAUUCGUUGAAUGGCACAAUGACGCUGCUUCAAAAGAGUCAUAUUAUCGAAACAAACUGCCAGUCGUGCACGAGCUGUUACGAGAUUAUCCAAUGCAAACAAGGUUGUAUAAAUUAAUGGCUGACCCACCUACAACUACCUGGCAACGUCUCAAAGCUAUCACAACCGGGACUCUGCCUACCUUUGCCGAUAUCAGCUCUAGUUUCGGAACGGAUGUAAUAGCAGAAGAUAACUUCGUGGACCACAAUGUUAAGAGAGGAGUGGUCUUCAUGGGUGAUGACACUUGGGUCAAUUUUUUCCCAGGGAAAUUCUUGCGGCAGUAUCCAGUGCCUUCGUUCGAUGUCUGGGAUCUCGAUACAGUUGAUCGUAUCGUACAAAAUUUCAUUUUUGAUGAAUUAAAAAGGAAAGACUGGUCCCUCCUCGUGGCACAUAUUUUGGGAAUUGACCACUGCGGACAUAAGCAUGGGCCUCAUCACCCGGAAAUGACUAGGAAACUGAACGAAACCAAUCGGUUCAUAAAAGAAAUAUUCAAAGCAAUCGACGACAAUACCACGUUGUUUAUUAUUGGAGAUCACGGCAUGACGAGUACCGGUGACCACGGUGGAGACAGCGAAGAGGAAGUAACGUCUGCAAUGUUCGUCUAUUCGUCUACUCCACUUCUUGAAACGAGUUUAGUCGGAGGAACAAAGACUGUCAAUCAAAUCGAUCUGGUUCCUACCUUGGCUGCCAUUUUAGGCAACCCGGUUCCGUUUAGUAAUAUAGGAACUAUCAUCCUGGAUGCAAUACCUGUUUCUAAAAAAACUAACGCAACCAUGGACCAUCUAGGAUACGCUUUAUUCUCUUUAUGGAAAAAUGUUGCUCAAACCAAAAAAUACAUGGACGUCUAUUCGUCGGAUACAUUCCUUUUUUCCAACGACAAAAUGAAUGCAUUGCAGCAGACGUAUGAAUUUCUUCUCGAUCACGUAAGCCUAAUCGAUAGUCCAGAGAAAUUCAAAAAUUUUGUGAACCAUGCUAAAAUAUUUCUGACGCAGAUCUACGAGAUGUGUGCCAAAGUCUGGAUUCAGUUUGACUCGGAUUUAAUGUCUAAGGGUUUGGUUCUUAUGUUCUGCAGUUUAUUCUUCUUCUACAUGAUCUUCAAUGGCAUUCCUGGAGAUCGCAUGGCAACAAUUUUAGAAAGUUCCCUUAUGCGGUGUUUGUUCUUAGCAAACUCGGGGGCAAUAUCCAUCGUACUCUACCUGUUUUGGUUGGGCAUCGCUGAAUUCAAGAACACGGCUCUUUUUGCUACCGGAGUUGUGUCGAUCGUGCUGUUAGCUCUUUUAAUCGUACAGAAUUGGGGUGCGAUAGCGGCUAAUUGGUACCGGAACUUGAAGCACCAACGAUCCGAUUACAUCGUCAGAGCUAUACUUCUGCUAUCCGUUUCAGGUUUGUUUUCCAACAGCUACAUCGUUGGAGAAGACAAAACGCUGUCCUUCCUUCUGAUCACGCUCAUUGGGUUCUUACUCUACAAAGCUUGCCAAGAUGACGUCCAGGAAAAUCUUUACAGACGACCAAAAGUUCCAUCGAAACCUAUGGAGAGAUCCUCACCGAAGUUAAUUUUAAUACUGCUAGGAUCGAUAGCCUGUCUUUGCGUGAGAUUCUCCAGCUACUUCUGGCGUUGUAGGGAGGAGCAACGGAAUCGAGGUUGCACAACUUUUGUAAUGGGUAAAACUGGUUCGAUAGUUCCCAAUAGUCUGGAACGUGCCUUACUGACCAUCGCGGUUCUCGUUCUCGCCCUUUACGUCACCGUCAUCAGAAUCUGGCUUCGAAGGUGUGGAAAUCUAUCCGGAUAUGCGGCUAGCGUCACGGUUGCUCGCUAUUGUCCAGGAAUAGUCGUCGUGUGUAUCGGUAGUUACUGGGUUUUCCAAAGACUUCCCAAAGACGUGACGGUACGAUCGUCUCUGUCCUGGCAGAUGAACGCAUUGCCCGGUAUCGCCUACUCGUUCAUCUGCCUGGCGAUACUCAUUUUGUAUUAUCGACCUCUCACGGUCUAUCUUCUACCAAAGAAGAAGGAAUCCAUGGACAUUCGUUAUGGCGAAAACCUAGUGCCUCGAAUUUUCGAACAUAUGAAGGAUCUAAUGUGUCGGAAGAAAGCCAAAACGGAGGAUGAGGACGUCCCGGUAGUUUAUGGGCUGGGUACCGUCUACAGCUCCGCCUUCGUUUCUCUCGGCGUUUUUCUCACUUUGCUCCAUGCACUCCUCUUAGGGGAUGUUUUAGCUCCCAGCACGGUUGUCAUGUUUAUCACUUGUGCCUCGAUAUUGGGAAUCAGCGCAGUGGAGAGAUACCAACGUGCCACUAAUGUAGUUGAGCUGCUCGACGUGCCAAGUUCUUCUCUCCUCUGCUGGUUUUUAAUAGGAGAAUAUUUCUUUUACGGGACCGGACAUCAGCCAACGUUUUCUACGAUACAUUGGGAUGCAGCGUUCAUUGGCACCGGUGGUCGUUACUACGGCAAUCUGCUACCCGCAAUUCUGAUCGGGAUGAACACAUUUGGAUCGUACGUCAUCGUAGGAUGCACUCUGCCUCUUCUGGUAGUGGCUCCUUUCACGAUGCAUAUGAUGUUUCGUGAUCUUGUCAAAUUCAAAUUUCGAUCGGAUUUUGAAUUGAAAAGGGGUGAACUCCUUCUCUUCGAAAAAGAUGCGAAUUUCCAUGCAGCGGUUUUCUCGGCUGCUGGAAGAUAUCUACUUAUCCACGGAAUCAGGACCUUUUGCUGUAUGUUCGCUGCCACGAUUCAUUGUCGCCACUUGAUGGUUUGGAAAAUCUUUGCCCCAAAGUUAAUCUUCGAGGGAAUUGCCCUCAUUGUAACUACAUGCAGCAUACUGGCAUCGUUCGUCUUAAUCAUCAGGAUUCACCUUCGAGUGGAAAAACUGAUAACGCGCGUGUCAAAGACUUGUCAUUAGGCCAGGGGUCGAAAGCUUCUCUCGAAGAGAUAAGUAUUUCUAAGCGAAUAAGUAGGUACUUUCUCGUUACUUUAGCGGGAAGAUUUUUUGCUAAUAAACUAUAAUGCGUGGAGUAGAUUACGGAAGUGGUAGUAUCGGUAAUGCAUCGAUUUGUAACCUGGCAUUCAAAGUGACGAACGGUAACGCUCACGAAUUAUAAUUGACGUCGUGCAAGAAGCGUUUUUUAUUUUCUUCAGUCGGACCGAUGAUUCCAAGCACACUAACGCUAUCCUGCGUGCAAUGCAUUGCUGAUUACAGAAAAAAAACAAGCAAUGCACUUGAUGCAGGAUUGCGUCGAUGCGCGUUAAUUGAUCCGUUGUUGAUAAAUUGUUGAGAAGCGACAUCGAGUGAUUUUCAAUUAAAUUGUUAAUUUAACGAUUAACCACGGAACAAAAGGACAGAGCGAGACAGAGAGAGAAGCUCUUUUUAUUCUAGAAGACUAAGAAUCGUACACGUCCACGAGGUACUUCAACAACGAAACGGUGAACCUUUUUUUCUUUCUUUUCACCCGUGACUCAGUCCUCGUCGAGACCGAACCUCCUGGACCGGCGUCAAUUUAAUGAUGGUCAUGAUGAUGUCCUCGUGCCUUGUACUUCCUUCGGAGGAAGUCUUGCCACGCAGCCCAUGCGUCGAUGCCUUGAUAGUCCUCGGACUCCUGCGACACACAUUCGUUUUGUCACAUUGAUACGAUCUCGUAUUUCGACUAAAUUUCCAAACUAAUAUUGCUCAUGCCAGGUGCUUCUGCCAUCGACUUGGACAUUCUAAUCCGAAAAGUGACUGGAUCGUUAAACCGACGACGGAUGUUACGCGUCCAUGCACUAAACGGAGUAACGCAUCUUUGUAUACGCAAUUUUAUUUCACUGGAUAAAACGGAUGCCGAACUUA